GAAGUUAGCAGAUAUCUCUCGAUCAACGAGAGGAGUGGUGGUUCUCAUGAGCGACCGUCCAAGUGCCAUUCGCAUCCUAGAGGAUGCUCAUCGGCUCAACAUGAUGGACGGCCAUUUUGUAUGGUUAUGGGUCGACACGGCGACCAUCAUUACUGUGAAAAAUUCCACCGCAUCGGUGGAGGAAGAUAAGGAGUCCUCGAAGGAUUCAGACCGGUUCAAACGUGCCUACGAAGAGAGAGAAACGGAUGAACAUGGUACAGUAGAAGACAGGAAAAGAUAUAGGCUGAAUGAUGUUAUGGGAGACAUCAGAACGAUGCAAGCUAGUUACUUUGUACAGAGCAAUCAGUUCCUGUUUUUCCACAGAGAAGAUAGGAAAUGGACGGACAGAAGGCCUCGGAGUAAAGGUGGGGGGUCGCCCUCCAUAGGACAACUACCUCCUGGUCUGCUAAGCCUGAAACCUUUACCAGUCAAGGUAGAUAGGCACGUAGUUAAGGGAGCUAUGCGUCUGUUGAUUGUCGCCCUUAAGGAAGCGUUGGACCAAUCAACGCCUGCGAUGCUAAACGAUUUGGUGAGGGCUAACAGCGACGGGUGUUGGAAAAACACACCCAGUAAGGGGAACAUGUUCAUACAAAACUUUGCUAGGUAA